AUGUCAGGACUCGAUGAGAUUGAUUUGAAUUCUCUAAGGGUGAGGAUCCAGCUGGAAUCUUCGACCGCUAUUAAAAUUAUGAAUAUCAAUGAGGAGGAGGAGGAUGAAAUUAAAUUAGAAAUUAAUAUGCUGAAAAAGUACUCUCACCAUCGGAAUGUUGCCACUUAUUACGGAGCAUUCAUCAAAAAAUUACCCUCGUCCACGGGAAAACAUGACCAAUUAUGGUUGGUCAUGGAGUUCUGUGGUAGUGGAUCGAUUACGGAUCUCGUUAAAACCUCGAAAUCAGGAUCACUCAAAGAAGAAUGGAUUGCCUACAUUUGUAGGGAAAUUUUGAGAGGUCUCUAUCACCUCCAUCAAAGUAAAGUGAUCCAUCGUGACAUCAAGGGGCAAAAUGUGCUUUUGACUGAUAAUGCAGAAGUGAAAUUAGUGGAUUUUGGAGUUUCGGCGCAGAUGGAUAAGACUGUAGGACGACGGAAUACUUUCAUUGGUACUCCAUAUUGGAUGGCUCCCGAAGUUAUUGCAUGUGACGAGAAUCCAGAAGCCACUUAUGAUUCAAGAUCGGAUUUAUGGUCAUUAGGAAUCACUGCAUUGGAAAUGGCCGAAGGUCAUCCUCCCUUGUGCGAUAUGCAUCCGAUGAGAGCGUUGUUUUUGAUUCCACGCAACCAGCCGCCAAAAUUGAAAAAGAACAAAAAAUGGACAAAAAAGUUCGAAACUUUUAUUGAGACCGUGCUAGUAAAAGACUACCAUCACCGACCCUACACAGAAGCUCUACUUCGACAUCAGUUUAUCAAGGAACAACCGCAUGAACGAACUAUACGGCAUUCUAUUAAAGAGCAUAUUGAUAGGAAUCGUAGGGUCAAGAAAGACGAUGGCGACUACGAGUACUCGGGAAGUGAGGAUGAUGAGCCACCACCAAACCAUCGUGGGCCAUCAAUGGGUAUCCGAGAUGACACUGAGAGCUGUUCAAUGAUUCCAAUGGAGAACACCCUUCGAAAGGGAUUCCAGAAGAUUCAAGAGAACAAUCGCCGAUUCGCGGAACCCGGAGUACAACAGUUGAGACGUCUGCCACAACAACCAGUGCCACCGCCAUCCCAAUACCCACCAUCUAGGUAUAUCGAACCGUCACGACGUGAAGCUGAUGUCAAACUUCGAGCUGUUUCAUCUCGAGGAGCCGCCGACGGACCACGACAUUCGCCAGCAGCAAGGCCUCGGCCAGUGAGUCAUCACCAGCGUUCUCCACAACAAGUGCACCCAGCAGCGCCACAUUUGGCCGAUCUCGCCAACUAUGAAAAACGAAGACGCUCCGAACGGGAAGAACGCCGAGAACGAGAACGUGCCGCUCAUCAUCAAAUGCCAAUCGCUCGUGUAUCAGCCAGCGUUCCAGCUCCACAACAAUCCCGCAAGAUGUCCGAACCUCUCCUAAUCAGCCAUCAUGCCAAACCGGAAGAUCUCGAUGUGCUGGCCAGUGAACUUUCCAAAAUCGGAGGACUUCGUAAUGGACGUAGUCGUGAGGAGAGCAUGAGCCCACCACCUCCGGCGCCUCCACCACGCGAAGCGUCCAUUUCUUCAAUCACCGACUCUGUUGACGUCAGUGAAACGGAGAAUGGAGCAGAUGCAGAGUGGGACGAUUUGAAGGACCUUAUGAUGAACGGCGAGAGCACACUGCGCGGACCGAAUAAGCCUCUUCCGCCGACGCCGACAGAUGGCGAGAAUACACUUGUGUCAGAUGCGCGACGCAAUGGUAAUGGAAGUGCUCAUGGUCAUGGAGGUUAUAAAGCAAAGAGUGCUCUUCCAGAGGUCCGUCCCGGCAUCAUCUCCCUCGACGACGAUGAUAGUGAUUCCGACAACGAGGACACCAACGAGCCGCUCAUGUUCAAGCCAAUUAAUGCCUCAAGCUCGCGCGGAGCACUACCAGACCUCCUUCCAAAAUCUCCACAACUCCGUCGCCCGGAAACUGCUUCUACUCGUCCGAUAGGAGAUACAUCAGAUGAAAGCGCCUCCCUGUUUGGAAGUUUCUAUCAAUCCAAUGGAUCUGACAGCCGCGCCUCAAUUCAAAACUCAUUUUCGAGUCGUGACCGUGAAAAGUCGUUUGUUGGAUACUUUGGUGGUGGCGCUGGAGCUGGUGGUGGUACUGUCAAUCGUCCAGGACGACCACAAGAUGUGAAUCAAGUGCAAGUGAAUGUGACGCCGCAUUCUAAUGGCACAUCAGCUGAUAACGAUGCUCCGGAGAUUCGUAAAUACAAGAAAAAGUUCAGUGGAGAGAUUCUGUGUGCCGCACUCUGGGGAGUCAACUUGCUCAUUGGAACUGACAGUGGUCUGAUGCUUCUGGACCGCAGUGGACAAGGAAAAGUGUACCCACUCAUCAGUCGCCGCCGUUUUGAUCAAAUGACUGUUCUGGAAGGCCAAAACAUUCUCGUGACAAUUUCCGGCAGGAAGAGAAGGAUCAGAGUUUAUUAUCUGAACUGGCUACGACAGAAGAUUCUUAGAACUGAGGGAGCUGGAAGCGCAAAUACAACUGAAAAACGGAAUGGAUGGGUGAACGUAGGAGACUUGCAAGGAGCGAUUCACUUCAAGAUUGUGAGAUAUGAAAGAAUAAAGUUCCUAGUGGUCGGACUGGAGAAAUCCAUUGAAAUCUAUGCGUGGGCACCAAAACCAUACCACAAGUUCAUGAGCUUCAAAUCAUUUGGCUCGUUGAAUCAAGCUCCAUUGAUUGUGGACCUCACGGUUGAGGAGAAUGCCAGACUAAAAGUUCUCUACGGAUCUGUUGGAGGCUUCCACGCAAUUGAUUUGGACUCGGCAGCUGUUUAUGAUAUCUACACACCAUCGCAGAGCGGCCCAACAACAACUCCACAUUGCAUCGUAGUCCUUCCCAACUCCAAUGGCAUGCAGCUGCUUCUUUGUUAUGACAACGAGGGAGUCUAUGUUAACACCUAUGGCCGCAUGACAAAAAAUGUGGUGCUUCAAUGGGGCGAGAUGCCAAGCAGUGUGGCUUACAUUUCUACUGGACAAAUCAUGGGAUGGGGAAAUAAAGCCAUCGAGAUCAGAUCUGUGGACACUGGUCAUCUAGAUGGAGUUUUCAUGCAUAAGAAGGCUCAGAAGCUGAAAUUCCUGUGCGAGAGAAAUGACAAGGUGUUCUUCUCCUCUGCAAAAGGUGGCGGCUCUUGCCAAAUCUAUUUCAUGACUCUGAACAAACCAGGACUCACUAAUUGGUAA